UCCAUCUCGGCCACAUCCAUCCACCCAUCCAUCCCGUCCAUCCGUCGCCCAGCCGCUGCCCAGCCGCCACCACCAUGCUGCCCUCCGGAACCAGUGCUGCGGAACGGCGACGAGAAGAGCUCGAAAAGAAGCGUCAGAAGCUCUCCCAGCUGCGCGAGGCCAGGGAGCAGCGCCGCCCCGCCCUGCUCGACCUCAAGCGCUCCGAGUCGCCCAACAAUCUUGUCGGCAACACCCGCAGGGAGAUCGACGAUCUGGUCGCUUCUCUGGUCGGCGAGCGCAGGGCCCCGAUCGAGACAUCAUCUGUCUCCUCCAGAUCCUCGACCCCGGUCUCGAUUGCUCCCUCGACCACUCCACAGCCGGACGCACCACAGCAGCAGGUCUCGCAGCAGCAGCCGGCUGCCGAGGUCCCCGAGAGAGUACAGCCGAAUCUGGUCUCGGCCGAGUUCAUUAUCUUCGAUGUUGCACCCAAGGAAAAACAGCUGUAUAACAAGGAGGCCCAGACCGUCGAGACCUGGACCCAGCCUGAGGACCACGGGUUCGGCGACGACGAGGUCGACGACGACGAAUACGGGGCCCCAGCACCGGAGAAAGUGGCUCAGUCCACCGGCACCGAUGCUGCUACCGAUCAGCUCCAGCCCACCAUCUCGAACGAGGUCGAGCAUAUCCGAGAUCUGACUGAAGAAGAGCGCCGAGCCAUCAUCAGCUCCGAGCAAUUCAUGGAGUUCUUUGAUCAGUCUUCCAAGGUCAUCGAGCGCGCCCUGAAUGAGAAAUACGACUAUCUGAUUGACUACUCGAUCACCAACGAGGGCGAAGUACACGACGAUGCCAACAAGAACGUCAAGCAGUACUGCCAAUUCUUUGACGAAAAGUGGUCCAAGAACCGCUGGGUCACCGAUCUGGACUGGUGCCCAAAGUACCCCGAGUUGGUUCUGGGCUCGUAUGGCAAGAACCCCAACGCCAUCAACGACCCCGACGGUCUCGUCAUGAUAUGGAACCUGCAUCUCCGCGAGCGACCCGAGUAUAUCUUCCAUGCGCAGAGCGAUGUCAUGACUGCGCGAUUCUCGGAAUUCCACCCCAACUAUGUCAUCGGAGGCACCUACUCUGGACAGAUCCUGCUGUGGGACAUGCGCGCCAAGAGCCAGCCUGUGCUCAAAUCACCCCUGUCUUCGACCGGACACACCCACCCUGUCUACUCCAUGGCCAUGGUCGGCACCCAAAAUGCGCACAACCUCAUCAGUGCCUCCACCGACGGCAUCGUAUGCUCGUGGCUGCUGGACAUGCUGGCCCAGCCCCAGGAAGUCCUUGAUCUCGUUCUGACAGGAAGCAAGACCGAGGAGGUGGCUGUCACCACCUUUGGCUUCCCCGCCAACGAGACGACGACUUUCUGGGUCGGCACUGAAGAAGGCGCCGUUUACCAAGCCAAUCGAUUUGAUCGUGCCGGAAGCAAAGCGGGAAUCAGCCCACUGGAUUCGUACCGGGGCCACAGCGGCAUGAUCACGGGCCUGCACUUCCACCCCCUCUUUGGCGCUUCGGACUUUUCUGACCUAUUCCUGACCUCAUCUGUCGACUGGACAGUGAAGCUGUGGAAGGUCAACAAGAGCACCACCAAGUCCGCUACCGCCCCUCAGACGGUUGCUCCCUUGUACUCGUUCAACGAGGCCGACGACUAUGUUUACGAUGUCAAGUGGUCGCCUGUCCACCCGGCCCUGUUUGCUGCUGUCGACGGCAGUGGUCGCAUCUCCUUCUACAACCUCAACCAGGAGACCGAGAUCCCCACGACAGUAGUCCAGGCCACGGGCAACGCCGGUGCGGCCGGCUCGACAGCAGCUGCUGGCGCUGCAUCCGCUGCCCAGAGUACAUCCACGGGCGUCAAGGCCCUGAACAAGAUCGCCUGGGACAAGGAGGGCAAGAAGACUGCCGUUGCUUCAUCAGACGGACAUAUCUAUAUCCACGACGUUGGCGAGAUGGCCAUCCCGCAUGCCGAGGAGUGGGCUGUUUUCGAAAGGACACUGACCGAGCUCGAGGCCAACUCUGCCUCGAACCCGUUCUAAGCGGAGCUGGCCCAGACGAAUAACUCAAAAAUGGCCGCGGUCGGUUGGUCAUCCGCCCCUCGCCCGAUGAUGAUCCCACGGGGCUCUCCUUCUUCCUUCUCGUCCUCCUCCUUCCUCCUCUUCCCUCCCUCUUUCCCAUUCCCUUUGCUCCUUCGGGUCGCUCGCCUGUAUGCCCACGCACUUUCUUUGCCGGGUGGAAACCAAUGUCACUUUCUUGACUCUCCGCGACUUGCUCGCCCAAAUACAUCUGUUCGCUCACUGA